AUGGAGAGCCCAUCUCUACUACGGCUGCUCUCCUCCCUGACUCUCAGGCCCAGCACAGCUCAGCUGUUUUAUGGUGAGUCUCUUCAUCUGAGCUGUGAGGAAGACUCUGCUGGAUGGACAGUGAAGAGGAACACAACCAUAGAAACCAUGUCAGAGUGUGGGCGCAACUGGGGAAAACUAACAGCUUCCUUCUGCAGAAUCAGUUUUACUCUCCCAUCACACAGUGGAGUUUACUGGUGUGAGUCCAGAGAGGGAGCAACCAGCAACACCGUCAACAUCACCAUCACUGGUGGUGAUGUGAUCCUGCAGAGUCCUGUCCUUCCUGUGAUGGAGGGAGCUGCUGUGACUCUGAACUGUACAACCAGGUCUCCCUCCAACCUCCCAGCUGAUUUCUAUAAAGAUGGCUCGCUCAUCAGGACUGAGUCUGCACGACAGAUGACCAUCCACAAUGUUUCCAAGUCUGAUGAAGGUCUCUACCACUGCACCAUCUCUGGUUAUGGACAGUCAGCAACCAGCCGGCUGGCUGUGGCAGCUCCACCCACUACCAAAGCCCUGCCUACUGCCAAAGCCCCACCCACUGCUAGGGCUCCAUCCACUUCCAUGUCAGCACCCACUGACUCAGCUCCCCUGCUGUCUCCUGUCAGACUGCUCUGCCACCUAGUGGUGUUCUGUCCUUACUGCAUCUCAACUCUGCUCCUGGUGUCUCUGUGGCGCCAGAGGUCUGCAGGACCUGAGCCACCUGUCUCCAUGGCAACAGUGCAGGGAUUGGAUGACGAGUAUGAUGAUGUCAUUGCAGAUGUCACCACCGAGCAUGACUUCUGA